CAUGCAUGCUGUUGCUAUACAAACUUGCUGACCUCAUUGCCAUUCACCCUUCUCGAGUGAAUGGCAGUACCCGUGACGCAAUGCGCCCGCUUGGGUGAAUGUGCAUGUGGGCGCUUGUGCUCCUUUGUUAAGUCGGCUGGCGAGGCGCAGUUGACGCCUCAAACUUGAGCUGAGCCCGCACAUCCACCACGGCGGCCUCAAUCAUCCUAGUCAGAGCGAGCCGCCAGCAUCCCACUCACGUCCAGUAUCGCAGCGCAUAACGGGCGACAGUGCUAGCCGCCAUUGGGCUGAGGAACUAGCAUUGCCGAGCGCCUCCCUAGCUCUGCUCCACCGCCAUGGCGAGCAAGAUCAUGGACAGGCUCACUCGCCGCACUUCACACAAACACAAGACCUCACUCGACAACGAGUCCAAGGAACCGGUAGUGGAACCACGAAAGAAAUCCUCAAGACUUUCCCUAUUCCGGAGGGGUGUUCCAACAGAAGCUGGGAUGGGCUCGAGUGACUCGAGCGAUUUGACUGCUCAAUUCGCGCGCCAGGUUGAGCUGCUUGAAGGAUCGGAGGCCUACGCCGUCGACAAACAAAAGCUGCUAACAGAAGAGCGCGAUGCCGCCUGGGAUGAGCCUGCCCGCAAGUCUGCGAGUAAGGUCGAAGUCGCCGCGAACUCGAUUGUGAUUGCAAUCCGAGAGGACGAGCGAUAUGCAGAAGACUUGUACGGUAACCGGCCAGGUGAAGCCGUACCGGGGAAAGAAACUCGCGACAUGGGCGGUCGAUUUCUGGUAAACAAGGACCGCAUCGAUCGUAGCAAAGUCUUUGACAUUGCGACGCGGAUGCCCAAAGGCGCUCAUCUACAUUUGCACUUCAAUGCCGAAUUGCCAGCAGAAAUCCUGCUACCACUCGCUCGAUCGACAGUAGUCGAAGACACUAUGUUCAUCCGGAGCACCAAACCAUUAUUGGAAACAGAGGACUUCGAUGACUGCGAGAUCGUGUUCGAUGUCCUGCCUAAGGACACUGCACAAGGCGACCUGUUUUCCUUGGACUAUGACCCAACCUGCAAGACGAAGGACCAUCCGAGAUGGCAGCAAGGCACCGCUUGGAUGUUGUGGCACAACUUCCGUGAGCGCUUCCCCAAAGGCGUGUCCAUCGAGAACUACGACCCGGACGACGCCUCGCUAGGUGCAGCCGAGCAGUGGGCACGAGACAAGAUGAUCAUCACGCGUGACAAGGCCUAUAGACCGGGACAGACAACAAACGGUGUCUGGGCAUGCUUCAAUCAAGGCACCCGAGCGUUCAAGGGCCUUCUGAAUUACGAGCACGUGUAUCGAUGGUACAUUGGCCAUGCCAUUGACAGCAUGAUCGCAGACAAGGUCAUGUACGCGGAACUGCGACCAAUGCUUCUGGACAAAGACAUUCCGGCGAACGACGGCAUAGGACGGCUUGAUCAUGCAGCGCAGAUGACAAUCAUUUGCGAAGAGCUCGCCAAGAAGGAAGCCGAACUCAGAACGGCUAAUAAACUGCACCUCUUUCCAUUCGGGAUCAAGAUUAUCUACUGCACGCCUAGAAGCAUACCGCGGAAGCGAAUGCAGACUGAGCUGGAAAAUUGCAUUCGGCUGAAGCUUCGAUUCCCACACCUGAUCUGUGGCUUCGACCUCGUAGGCGCUGAAGACAGACCGAACCACAUUGGGUUCUACGCUGACCUGCUACUUGCUUUCGUCAGCACGUGCAAAGAGCUCGACAUCAGCAUACCGUUCAUGUUCCACGCGGGUGAGUCUCUUCUGGAUACGGGUGGAUCUCACAACCCCGACAACAGCAACCUGUACGACUCGUUGCUGCUCAACGCAAAGCGAAUAGGCCACGGGUACGCUCUGCUGAAGCACCCGACACUACUCAAGCCAUUCAGAGACGAGCAAAUCUGCUUGGAACUCUGUCCCGUCUCCAAUGAGCUUCUGGGGCUGUGCGGUAACAUAAGAGAGCAUCGGUUCUACGAACUACUAGCCGCAGGACUUCACUGCACUCUCAAUGCCGACAAUCCGUCGUUGUUCAGGGGCCCUUCACUCGACAACAAGUCCUUGUCAUAUGAGUUCUACCAGGUUCUCGUAGGUGAUCCGAGGAUGAACAUCCACGGCUGGAAGCAGCUCGCGCACUGGAGCAUCGACCACUCGUGUCUCGACCACAACCAGAGGAUGCAGCUGAAAGCUACAUUCGAUGACGAGUGGGAGACGUUCUGUCAGUGGGUCGUGGAUACUUAUCAGGAUUUUGCUGCGACGCUGCCGAAGCUCGAGUAAGGAAAGGUAAUGGGCGAGGCUUCAUUUUUCACGGCUGAGAAGCAGUUUCGAAAUUAGCUGCACACUUCGAGCGGAGUUCGAACGCGCAUUACGACGUGAUGCGGAGCUAUAGCAGCGCGUGUCGCAUGAAGUAGGUCAGAGAGCUUGCAGAAGCUGAUGUGUAUACCCGUUUGCCUUUCUUCACAUCGGUAUGCAAGCCACUGUUUGUAGCUCUCAACACAAUACCCGC